AAAAAGAUACGGCAAUCACGUGCGAUAAGGCGAACAAUACACGGAUAUCUGUCGUCUGCAGCAGUGGUGUGAUUAAACAAAAGAAUAGUGAAUGUAGCGAUAAGUUAGAUGAUAUUACUUCAGUGAAAGCGAAAAAAAAUCGCCAUGUUGAAAAUGACGGACGAGGGGUUAAUUUCAUACGACGAAGAGGAGGCGCGACCCAUCAAGCGGAGACUGCUCUUGAACUUUGCAGCAAUAUGUAUUAUGUGGGUAUUUUCCUUCACGGCAUACUCAGGAUUACAGAAUCUAGAGUCCAGUUUAAAUCCAGGUGUUGGGGUGUAUUCAUUAGCCGCUCUGACGGGCGGGGGACUUAUCUCGUGUCUCUUGGCACCAGUUAUCAUUAGUUACAUCGGAAGCAAAGGAGCCUUGAUCAUCUCAUGGAUUGCUCUAUGCAUUUAUGUUGCAGCCAACUAUUACCCCGCAGGAUACGUGCUUAUCCCCGGGGCAGGAAUCGAAGGGCUGGCGACUGGACUGAUGUGGACCGCCCAGGGUGCGUUAGUUACGUCCAUUGCGAUGGAAUAUGCGAGAAUUACUGAAGGAACGUUCGAUCAUAUCCUUAGUAAAUUCUUUGGCAUCUUCUGCGCAGCCUUCCAGAGCACGCAGAUCUGGGGGAAUCUGAUAUCGUCUUUAGUUCUGGUCAAUGGAAACAGUUCUUUAAAUGUAUCAACUCCUCCCGAUUUUUGUGGAAGAAAUUUUUGUCCUAUAACUAUUAAGCCAGAGACCAAAAAUACAACUAAAGCAGGUGUACAUCCCGAGAGUAAAAUCGAAAUCAUCCUUCUGAGUGUGUACAUGGGUUUUGCUGUCGUUGGUUUAAUCGUCACAAUCGUUAUGCUCAGACCGAUGAAACAGGAAGUCAGUGGACCGACUGAAUCCUUUAAAUCUAAACUUGGGUCCACUCUUCGUCUCCUUGUCACGAACUCCAAUAUGGCCAUGCUGGUGCCGUUCUAUCUAUGGACUGGUCUGGAGCAGACGAUAGUAUAUGCUGAAUUUACGAUGGCUUACGUGACGUGUGAAAUCGGCAUUGAAUGGAUAGGAUACACCAUGAUUUGUUUCGGAGUCACCAACACUAUCGGGUCUCCAAUUAGCGGUAUCCUCAGCAAACAUGUCGGAAGACCCGUCCUAUUUAUCGUUGCUACUGGUCUAAACAUUGGAGCUCUGGUUGCAAUGGAACUUUGGCAUUUGGCCAGAAAACAGUUGAUUAUAUUCUUCGUCAUUCCAGGAGUUUGGGGACUGGCGGAUUCCAUCUGGCAGACGCAGAGUGCAGCGUUAGUAGGUCUUGCUUUCUCGGACAAGCAGGAGCCGGCCUUCUCUAACCUUCGGAUGUUCCAGGCGCUUGGUUUUACUAUUGGAUACCUUUACAGCAAUCAUCUAUGUGAAUAUCUCAAACUCUACAUCGCCGGCGGAGAACUCGUGCUCUCCAUGAUCUUGGUGCUAAUCGUAGAGUUCCGGCUCAGAAAAAACGCCCCACAGAAUAAGAAUGUAGUCAUAUAAUUCAAACACAGAAACGGAGCAGCAUUCAAAUACGGAAACGGAGCAUCAUUCAAAUACGGAAACGGAGCAAUAUUCAAACACGGAAACGGAGCAACACGGGUAAAAUCGAAUUCAGUUACACAAUGAAAUGAACACUAAUGACUAUUGUCCUUAACAGUGUACUAGAUGAGAUGUUUUUGUUUUGUUAUUAAAAUAACUUCUUAUGUAUACAGGUAAA